UACUAUUUAACAUAAACAUAUAUCCUAAUUCUCGAUGACCCAUGUGUCGAUGCUGUGUCCAAGCACAAACCAUCCGUUUAACUUUCUGUUCCGAGUUGCCUCCAUAACUCGCCACCCAAUCCACAAGUCAAGCAACCAAGACUCACCUUCCUCUGCAACUCAAUCCACCAGAAGAUCGUUAUCGAUCAUCAUGGCCGUCUUAAACACUCUCUUUUUCUCAAUACUGGUUCCGGUGGCGGCGGCUGUGCUCCUCUACCAGCUCGACUCGUUCGACCCGGCUCCUCUGCCGCUUCACGAGUUGAGUGAGCAAGUCGCGGCUGCCCCGAGGCGUAAUGGUCACAUGCUCAAAGGGUCGGAGUUUUUGGGUGUUGGGACUUUAGCAGGGCCAGAAGACGUUGCUUAUGAUUCCAAGUCGGGACUCAUUUACACGGGAUGUGCGGACGGGUGGAUCAAGCGAGUCAAGCUGAACGAGUCCGCUGAUGACUCGGUGGUGGAGAACUGGGUUAAUACCGGCGGGAGACCACUCGGACUCGCUCACGAACAUGGCGGAAAGCUUUUGGUAGCUGACGCGGAAAAGGGACUACUGAGAAUAGCUGAGGAUGGAGCAGUGGAGCUGCUGACGGAUGAGGCUGAGGGUGUAAAAUUCAAACUAACAGAUUGUGUAGAUGUAGCGAAAGAUGGUAUGAUUUACUUCACAGAUGCUUCAUAUAAAAACGGCUUACAAGACUUCAUCUGGGACUUUCUAGAGGGCAGACCCCAUGGUAGGUUACUAAGCUACAAUCCGUUUACCAAAGAGACCAAAGUGCUCAUUCGCAACCUCUACUUUGCUAAUGGAGUAGCACUCUCUCCAGAUCAGAAUUAUGUGAUCUUCUGCGAAACUUUCAUGAAAAGAUGUAGAAAGUACUACCUACAAGGCGAGAAGAAAGGGAGCAUAGAGAACUUCAUUGACAACUUGCCAGGCUCUCCGGAUAAUAUACGAUAUGAUGGGGAAGGCCAUUACUGGAUCGCAAUACCUAUGGGGACUUCAGUUAUUUUGGAUCUAGCACUUAGGUACCCUUUUAUCCGAAAAGGGCUGGCAAUCGUGGAGAAGUAUAUAUUGAGCAGACCAUAUAAGGAGAAGAAUUCUGGUGUACUUGCUGUGAACUUGGAAGGGGAACCUACUGCCCAUUAUUUUGAUCCAGAUUUGUCACUCAUUACAAGUGGGAUCAAGAUCGGAAACUACCUCUACUGUGGCUCCGUUCUCAAUCCAUACAUUAUCCGCCUAGAUCUGGAACAACAUCCUGCACAUGCCACUACAUGAGCUUCAAUCACCAGAAAUUUCACCCAUAGUUAAUGUACUAUUUCCUGUUCUCCUCGAAGAGACAUUUGCCUGUUCAAUUUCAUCUAUAAGCUGUCCUUGCCGUAUUUGAAAUGUUGUUCCCCACAUUGGCUAUAAUGACCUAGAUCUUUUAGCCAUCUUCAAAUGCAUCUUAUUAAGGAGCAGCCCUUGUUGUA